AUCCAGACAGUUCUGACAUACGCCGAUAAAAUCAGGUUAAUAUCAGUGACAAAAAUCGAAAAUUCCAGUCCAUACAAAAAGCAAAAAAAUGGCAGAAUCAAGAAAAAGCAUUUCCGACAUCAAACAAUCUGUUAGUGAAUACGUACAAGAAGUACAGCAAACUGUUUCAAACGCAACUAAGGACCUGAUAGAAAAAGACGCAGCUCUUGUCUCUUCCUGGAAAGCGCAAAUUAUUCAAAAACCCACCACGGACCAAUCUACAGGUAUUGCCAACGAAUACGAGAUGAUUUUGCAAGAGAAUAUCGACAAAUUAAAAACCAUCGCUAAACAGGACUUUAAAACAUCGUAUGCCAACACACAGGAACUAAUUGAAGAAACUAAACAGAAACUGCAUAAUCUAAUAGCUCAAACGUUUAAACACGACGAUUCAAAAGAGGAUUUUACCGAAACAACUAAUGCCAUAUUUGCAAACGUAAAUAAGAAAAUCAGGACAGAUUUAGUGGCGAAAAGUACAAGAGCGGAACGGUCUCGAAACAGCUUAUCUCCAGAUAUCGGUCAGGUGUUUGUAAAUCCCAUAAAUAAACCGCCGGAAGAAAUUGAAGCUGAGCACCUGCUUCAGCAGCUAUUUGAGAAAGAGCUGCUCGAAUUUAAUGAGCAAAUUAGAAGCGAUUUUAAUCAGAUCAAUUUGAACAUGGCAAAACUGGUUGAUCAAACUAAGCAGACGUUUGAUGAGAAUAUUCAAACAGUGGCAGCAACAGGCCUCUUACAGAUUUCAUCGUUAAACGCUGCUGAAUCUAAAAGCCUGCCAAACUUGCCAACUGAAAGCUCAGUUGGGCACAACAUAAACACGCUUCUGGCGAAAGCAGGUGAAGACUUUCAGCAAGUUAACGACAAUAUGACAGCUGAUGUUACAAAGAAUCAACGAGUCAUUCAAGACAAUGUUAAAUACUACUCUGAGAAAAUGCUGAGAAUGGAUUUUCUAAACAGACGUCAGGAUUGAACUGAAUACUAUGGGGAUGUGAUUUUUCGGGUGUAGAUAAGCCAGAAGCCAGCAAUUUCGGGAAUAGCAAGAAAAUUCGAGAAUGUCUCAUUACACACAAACUACGAAACAAAGAAAAUUGUUCCCCAACAAAUUAAAACGAAAAUAUACAUAAUUGAAUCCCA